AUGAUUCAAAUAUUACCAUUUUUAUAUUUGGGAAGAAGUAAUGAUGUAGACAAUGUUGAAAUCCUUAAAGAAAAAGGCAUAAAAGCAUUCGUUAUAUGCUGUACUUAUUUUGAAUAUCCUGAACAAAAGGUUCCUGAUGGAUAUGAAAAUUUACGAAUUGAUCUGGAAGAUAUGGGAUUAGAACCUAUUUCCUCAUAUUUCGAAUUAUCAAACAAUUUUAUUCAUUCAUUUAUUUCAAAAGAACAGGCUGUUCUUAUUUAUUGUUGUCAUGGAAUAAGUAGAUCAUCUACAAUAGCAAUAGCUUAUUUGAUGGAAAAACAGAAUUUUUGCCUUAAUGAAGCAUUCAACUUUAUAAUGAAAAAAAAAAAAAUUUGUCCUAAUAUUGGUUUUAUAGAACAAUUAUGUGAAUAUGAAAAAAAUUUGAAAAAUAAAAUUACUUUUUCGUCGAAAAAGUAUAUAAAUUGGUUUAUUUCAGAAAUGUGUGAUAGUAAUGUAACUGUAGAUUUUAGUUUUUAA